AUGGACAAAAAGAAAGAAAUAGAAGGACCUUUUCAUGGGGGCGGAGGUAGGUUUCCUGAUUAUCUAAAUAAGUGUGGUUCUUGCGGAGAAGAAAUAAAAGGGGGCAAAGAAUACAGAAGAACUUGGAAUGAAGAACUUUAUCGGGAAACUGGUGGCAGAGAAGGACGAACUUAUUAUUGCGUUCCAUGUGGAGAGAGGAUUAUCGCUGUUGAAAGUAAAGAAGCAAAUGAAAAACACAAAAAAAAUCAAGAACAGAGGAUAAAAAAUACUCAGGAAACUAUUAAAGAUUGUUAUGCAAUGACUAAUUUAUUAACUCAAAAACUAUCCCAAGAAAAUACUGCUGGAACUGUUGAGGAUUAUAAAAAAAUAAAAAAUGUUGAAAAAAGAAUAAAAAACUUAGGCAACUUUGAAGACCCAACUAUCAAAGGAGACAUUGAAGACCUAAAAAAGUCUUGCCAAGAUUUAAUCAAUGAAUAUAUUUCGCCAAAAGAUAGAAAAAUAGGUGAUAGUAAAGGAGGACAUGCUGUUCAUCCAAUUUGCUGCACUCCUAGAAAUAUUAAAUUAGAGGAAAAUGAUGCUGAUCCUUAUUAUUAUUGUGACUAUUGUUGA